UUGAGAUGAGAAUGAGGACAUAAGGUUGGUGGUAAGGGAAGUGAGGAGUUUAGGGGUGGGGGGCCUGUCAACCCCGCAUUCUCCCCUCCCAUAUCUGUACCAGGAUCAGGGGACUGUAAUGCUUUCUCAAGAUGCCCAGGACUGUGAGUCACCUUGGUACCACUGGCCUCUGGCAAGAGGGAAUCUUUCUUGUUGUAGCUGGGUGUCAGCUCCCUGACAUUGCCAACCCUUCAGCCACUCAAGCACUGUCUUUUGGGCUCUGCCAGACCUUCCUUCACCUUGAGGAAGCUAUAGAUACACCCUAGCCCCCGAACUCCCUCUAAAAGUGUUUCCUGCUGGCUCCAGCCCUUGUCACUACACACUCACAGAAAUUACCAGGUUUGCUGUCCCCAAAGGGAAAAGUGUACACAUCAGCUUGUUUGAUUCAGCUGAGGAUUCAAACUUUGCUUAAUACCACAGCACUGAGAUGUAUUUAUAAUAAAAACAAGAAUAAGUUUAUUAACAAAGAACAGAGAUUCAAAGAUUCAAAUGAAUACUGAGUAAGAAUAUUGGAAGUAGAAUGGUUUAAUAUAAAACAAAUGUAUAACACACUUUUUAGAUGCUAAAGUUUAACUUUAACAGAUUACAAUCCUUGCCUAAAGUAGUUUCUCCUCUAAUUGUUUUCUUCCAGCAUCACCAACCCACAUGGCUGGGAUCCACCAUUCAUGGAAGCAAAAAGCUCCAUCCAUUUUUCUCUCUCAGUGAUGGAUAACCAGGGUGCUGCCCCUGACCCCACAGGAGAUUAGACUGUUAUGUGCCACAGGAAAGAACAGGAGGGACUGAAGUGCACCAGUGUCCAAGGCCCCUGCAAUGGCAGGGAAAUGAUUGAGAUACACCUGGAUAACCCCAGCAAGUGACCUGCAUCCACUUGCUUAAGAGGCAGUUAAACAAACCCCAAGAGCACGGGGGAAGCCAGAGCAACUAAACCUCAAGAAGCCUACACCAGCACCAGGAAGAGCCUUCCUUUCACUGUUUUUGUUUCUGACAGACACUGCAAACAACAUCUAUUGGAGAGCCUGUUUGGGAAGGACUGAGGGAUUGUUACAACAAUCAAGCUGAAUAAAAGCAUCCUAACUGACCCAAUUCUUUGACCUUCAAGAGACUUUCUUGCAUGUUCAUAUGAUUUGCAUUGUAAGUGCACCAUGGGCUUCUGCUUCAGUAAAUCCAAUACUCCAGUAUUCGUCUUACAGAAUGAUCCAAAAGUGGGGAAUGUUGAAGAGGAUUAUUUGCGACAAAACAGUGAAGAAAUCCAUGUUGACGUCAGGACUCACUUAUUCCAAAAUACAGAAAAAAUUAAGUUUGAAAAAACAGAAAAUGGCAUUAGAAAUAAUGCAGAAACUCACACGGACUCUUAUUCUGAUAAUGCAUUGCACUCUGUGACUUAUGUUAAAGAAACUGAUGGUUUAGAAAUGACAGAUGUGGAAUGAGGUUUGAUGAGAUAAUUCAGGACUUGAUCCAACCUGAACAAAUGAAUAUAGCAUAAAAAUAUUCUAUUUAGUCUACCAAAUAACAAAUAAAAACAAAAUAAUGUUUAAUAGCUGAGUCAAAUAACCAUAAUCAAAUAUACUUUCAAUUUCAAGAUCUAUUAUUUGGCAA